AUGAAAGCUGCUGUGUGGCUUCCCCGGCUACCGAAGAAACGAGAGUUGGAAGGGACACCCAAUGUGGCAGUCUUGGAUAACCAUGGGGUUUUGCGGCCAGUGGCCAACCCACAUUCAAAACCUGCUGCCCCCCCCAUUCCUCAUGAGCCAUCUGAAGAUCGUGGCUUAUCGUCUGAGGAGAAUACGUUGAUUGACGUGUCGGACGACGACAGCGAAGAUGAUGAUCUUGCUACAACAAGUGCGCUGCGCCACAAGCUGGAAGAUAUGAUGAUGCAGCUGGAAGAGUCCUUGGAUGAUGUCGACGUUGCUACAGUUCUCUACCAGCAGGAUUUGCCUCUCCAAGCAGCCAGUGCAGGUGACAGUGCAACCUAUGUGACUGAGUCUUUGCCAUUCGGUACUGACCAACUCGAGACCCAACUUGUGAUGCCUUCCGAAGAAUUCAUCAACACACAUGAGAUGAAAAGCAUGCUUGCCAGAGAAGAUCUAGCUGAAGUCCCCCAGCAGGAAGCGCUUUCAGUUGAAACAUCGGGUGAAAUGGUAGAAGCUGGCCACUGCAAAGAGGUCGCUCCUGAGGAAAAUGGACAACACCCUGAUGUCCCAAGCCAUCCAACGGUGACCCGACGUGCCCAGUUUACCGUGAAGCAGAAGAUCAAGGAGGAACGUGCUGAACCGGAGGAACAUGAUUCCACAGCAGUGGAAAGCAACAAGAGAAGCAAGACGGCCACAGUGGCCAAAAGCAAGAAGGCCACCCCGGCCAAAAGUGAAUCCAAUCGAAAGACGCAGGCCAAGACAAGCAAGCGCCAGGCAGCUGCCCAACAGCCAAUGCCCGAAAAGAAAAGCAAGCACCCCAAGCUGGCCCCUGCAACGCCGGCCCCCAUUGACGCUGAUCUCAAAAACAACUUGGUGGGUGUGUUGCAACAGUGUGGUGGACAUGCCAACUGCACUUAUGAAUGCCAUGAGUUCACCAUGCCUGCAAUCGAGGCUGUGAGUUGGAGUGUUUACUGGAAAACCAAUGGUGUUGGGGUGCUGCUGAACCCAGAAUACAUAGAAGGGUAUGAGCGUGCAGCUGGUCAGACAAAGCCUGUGAAAAAGAAAGAUUGGAAGCACACCACUCACUUUGGUGCUGGAUACUGUACUCAGUGCAAUUUGAUCUUGGCGAACAAGUGGGUUGAAAAGCUUUGGGACAACGCCACCGAAGAAUGGUAUCUGAGACCCAAGCAUGAGACCAUGCAGCAGUACGACAAGCUCCUGAAAGCCACGUUGUCGGCAGCUUUGAGCGAAGUGGCUUCUUUGGGAGAUGAGUGAAUCAGCUGAGCUGUCAACAGGGCAUAUCUUUACGCAUAGAAUCUCCAGCAAACCGAGC